AGCAUCUUUUCAAGUAUCCCAUUCUCUUCCCCGUGACCAAUGUGAAGUUUGUUUAACGGCAUUGGCCAUUUGAGUAUUGAAAAUCCAUGGAGGUGGUGGAGUUUUUAGAGUAGAACUGUGAUCUCUAUUAAAUUGUUGUUCGACGCUAUUGUUCUGGUUUCGUACCUGAACCCUUACAAACAAGAUGUCGUUUGCCGCCUUUCAGUACCCAGAGCGCUUAUCGGUGCUUGGUCAGUUUGAUGUGGUGGUGGAAAACGUGGGUCUGCAAGUGACAGAUCAGCGUUUGGCUGAGGUCUUUCUUGCUCGGGAUCCCGAAAGUCCAGGACAAUACCGCGUAAUAAAAACUUCGAGUCCGACGAAGACGAAUGCAGAUGUUGCCGAAGCCUCCAAUAACGUGGAUGGUCCCAGGGGUGAUUGUACUGUGAGAAAGUCUCACAACGCAAGUUCUUCACGUCUUUCUUUUGCAGGGAAGGAGCCGGCAAGUCAUGGUACUAAUGAUAAGUCUAAGUCGACGUCGCGUGUGUCGUCUGCCAAACAGAUGAGUGGGCACCGCAGGAGAAGCAGCCGAAAGUCUCUGCGGUCCAUGAAGACAUCUGCGAGUGAAGAUGUCCAUCCAAAUGCCUCUACAGAAAGUAGCAACACGAAUAUCGUCGCAAAUGGUGUUUCUCCUGUGGGUGUGACGUCGAGGAAGAAUCGUUCAACAAGCAAUUCACAGAGCCCAACGACUCUGUCUCGUAUGAGUAAAAGAUCAUCCACUGUAAAAAGUCGAAAAAGUAAUCAUGCAGUAUCGCGAAGGACAGCACCACCGGACCUGCAAGUACAGAAGAGCCAUAGCACUGCCCCUAGAACUAGUACGGGUGAACCGAGUACCAUGUCCAAGGCAUAUGUUGACCUCCAAAGAACCGGAACUCCGACGCCGAAGCAUGGGAGAUCGUCAGUAAGGCACUCGUUUCCGUUUCGACCCAGUGUGCGGAGCUCCGAGUUCAGUGGUAAGGAUAGCAAUGGAGAUGUAUCAGAUGAAGUUGAAGAUGAUUCCACGAAAAUUGAUUUGAUCUCUUUGGAAUUGGGUGAAGAUGCGCGGAAAAGGAAGAAUGGAGCAUCUUCGAGUCGUGCUUCUAGGAAAAGCGUGAACAAGAGUAGAGAAGAAUCGGGUCUUUUGCGUGCGAAGUCGUCGGGUUCAUCUUCGAGCAGAAGUCGGAGCACAUCUAUAACAGCCAAUGAGCAGCAGCCAAGUGAAGUAGACGUCAAAAGUCGUGGUGGCAAAGGAAUGCGCGAGUCUCGGUCUUCAACUCGUCUUCGCUCUGUCAACGGGAGAAAGAGCUCGAGUGCUAAGCGACUGAGUGCGGCUGCCUCCCGUGCCUCUACGGCGUCGCGCCAAUCGGUGCGCAGCUUACAAUCUUCUAAAGCAGAAAGAGCCAGUGUGUCCCGCCUGUGGUCUUCGACACAAACUUCGUCUAAAGAGCAGAACAGUGCGCGAAGCAGUUUGGUUAUUGUACCCGAGGAGACUAAAAAGGGGCGAGUAAAGAGUCAUUUAGAGGCCGAUGAGUCUGGUGGUUUUACAUCAAGCCUCACCCUUGGAAGCGGUCAACCACGCAUGGGGUCGCGUCGCGAUACCUACCCGCCCCUGGCACCCGAACAGAAUGCCAAUACGGACGUCGGUCUAGAAAAUUCAACAGCUUCGCGCAGUAGCGCAGUUGUUUACAGCAACUUUGGGCCUGCUGGUGCUACUGCGGCCAGCCAGAGCCCGACCGAAUCGCCAAUGAGCGUGUCGAAAACCGUCAGCUGGUCUCGUGCUCCAGUCGAGGAACGACGCAUAAGUGAUAGAAAGUCUCAGAAGGCACAACUUCUGCAGAAAGGACCUCGUUCCAGCAGCGUCUCCAGCAGCAGUGGCCCGACCAGGAGGACGAGCUCGCGGAACACGAUCACAAAACUAGUGUCCAACGGCCAGAAUCCGUCUCGUUCAAGCAGCCGGCGCAGCGCGCAUGCUGCUAGUAGAACAAAGAGCACCGAUUCUUCUCCUUUGCUAAGUCGUAGUUCUUCACGCACAUCCAGAUCUACAGCUUCUAGGAAAAGCAUGGAAAAUGAUAUUGCUGCCUCAACACCACCCUCUCGAAGAACAUCUGAAAAUCCUAGCACUGACAUGGCCGCUGCUGCGAUUGUAGAAAAGAAAAUCUCAAUGCGACGAUCGCAGAAAAGUAAGCGGCCGAGGCAGCUGGUUGCUACGGAAACAGAGCACGCAGUCAAUUUCAGUCCAGUGGUAUAUGGAUGAUUUUUAUAUUCCUUUCUGACGACCAUCGAGGCUGCCCUUGUUUCCCCUUAAAACAGUAUAGCUGAAGGCGGGCCUCGAUGGUCUGGCUAGAUGGAAAAUACAUCAUUCAUAUGGUACGCAAAGUGUCCUCCGUGUCUUCGCAUCGAGCGUCUCAGGGAAGAUCUCCAACUUCGCGCGCUUCCGCCGUUCAAAAGAUAGAAGAAGUUGAGAAGCAGACUUCCACUUCUGCUGGACUAGAGGCUAAUGCCUCUGUCGUCAGCACAUUGAGUGCUCGGAAAUCAAAGGGAAGUCUGGCUUCCAGUCUGCGAGGAUCAUCGAUUGCCGAACAGUCGACCGCAGCAUUAGAUUCGCGGGAUGAAGACUUCUACUCGGAUGAAGAAGACCUCUACACAGAUGAAGAAGAGGAGGAAGAAGAGGACUACUUCUACACGGAAGAUGAGGAUGAAUACGAAAUCGAAAACGAAGACAAGGAUUAUAGUUAAGGCUCAGCUUUCAUUGGUCACUGAGGUUGGUCACUGAAAUCGAAGGGGCUCCCUUCAGAGAACAGGGGAAAACAGAGGGAGAACAAGCAGAGGGGUAAAGGGCCCUUUUCUUUCAGCAUCAGUGACCAAUGAAUGUCGACGUUUAAUAUAACCAGCGCCAAAGUGAUGAAAGUCGCGCAAGUAGAAAAAGCACGGGAGUGCGCGGGAAGAGUGAGGCUGACACUUCUGUUCGCAAAAUGAGUAGUACAGGAGUGUCCUCUGUUCGUCAUUAUGGUGAUCAUAUGGAUGACGCUGAGUCCUUCUACACGGAUGAAGAGGAAGAGGAGGAAGAGUAUGAGUACUACACGACCACAGAUGAAGAGAGCGAUGACGAAACGUUGAAGGACGAUUAUAAAGUGCAACCACGAGUAUCGGCAUCGCGGUCUCGCAAGUCUUCGCGGAAGAGUAGUCGUGGCGCGUCGCUCGUACAACGUGCUUCCUCGCGAAAGUCGCAUUUGGAACAAUUGGUGGAGGAUGAGGAGAAUAGCCUUGCUGUCUCGCAGAGUGUACACCGGAAUACUGAGUUGCAGUCUGUUCUGAGUCGUACCGAUAGCAUUUCACGCGUGGCCCGUGAGCGGCUUUCAGCCUCGACCAGCAAUCCGAUGAAUGGUCCUUCGGCUACUUCGGCAGCAGCGACUAACACCAUUGUGAAGUCUCCCUCUGUAGGACGGACAUUGUCGUCGAAGGAAGAAAGCCUGCAGCAAGGUCGCGCACAGGUGCCACAGCCAAUCCAAACACUUUCGUCGACGAGCUCUAGCCCGUUGUUGCCUAAAGCGAGCACCAGCGGGACUUUCGUUGUGCGGGUGCCACUCGCAAAACGGGCAUUGUGGGAGGAUAACGUACGAUUCGCAUGGUCGCGUAGCGGAAAGUGCUACGUUUGCCAGUUGCAGAACGUCGACAAGCUUGCAGAAGUCUGCGGAUCGAGUAUACAGGCAAUGGCGGCCUAUCCUGGAGCGCGCGCAUGGCAAUUAUUUUAAGGGUCGGUUUUGGGUGUUUCUCUUACCGUUUGUUUUGACUCUCCUAAGGGGAAAAAGCAUAACAAACGGGGAACAGAAACGCCAGGACCCUACCUCUAAUUAUUGCGUCUAGGAUCCUCGGAAAAUGCGAUGGAACUCACAGGCCAUUCCCGCAACGAUGUUGAAACCUUUUGGAGAAGUCUAGCCAACGCGAGCUCGACUUCCGCAUCCGCAUCUCCAUCUCCUUUUCUCUUCUUUGAGUUCUUACCUGUAACACGGAGACUCUCAACUGCUGGCACUCAGGCUAACGAUUUCUCAAAUCUUUUCUUGGCCUACGACAAGUACGGAGCUCGGGUGGAGGCAUUUGCGCCUGGUUACCCGGUCGGUUGGCAGGAAAUCUCAGUGGGAGAUCGCAUCGUCGAAAUCUUAUGGCUUCGAUUUUAAUAUGAUCGUAGUCCCAUAACAACUACUCCUACUACUUCCUUUGCCCUCUAUUUUCGAUCAAUGUGAAGAUAGGCUUAUGAAAUUUAUAUUAGGCGUCUCAGUUCUUGUAGAGGUGGACAAGAAUUUGUAGUGACGCUUUGCUCUAAAUCCAAACGGUGUGAGUUGCGUGAAUCGUAGUCGAUCGUUUAUGCAGACCUUGAUUCGAGAACAUCCUUUCGAGGUCGUUGUUCAGUUGCGACGUAAAGUGGAUGGAAGCUUGACCGAUCGCAUCCCUUUCAAGCAAUGGAAAGGCUGUGCCGCUGCUGGAGCUGGAGUUUCUCUCUCAAAAGCUGGGGCAAAUCAGCUUGGUACUCGGACUAAUAGAGGUCAAGGCAAAGGUGGCCCUCCAGUUGGUCCAAACACGACUUCGAGUCCAAUGAUGUCUUCGCAGAAGAACAAUCAUAACGUACCAAGAACGGAGAUGUCAAACUCACGUAGUGGAAGUCCGUCGUCCCUAACCCUACCAACUACAGCUGGACGAGCCAGUAGAUCUCUCCGCGAACCCAAUGGCAACAUGGUAUUUGGGGGUGAGUCGCUUCUGAUGGAGGGAUACCUGGGAGGACUGAAUUCGGGAGAGAUUUUUGGCUCAUCAGCAUCCGCCGCGAACAACAUCUUCAACACAACGCCUGGAACAAAAAACGUGACGUCACCUACUGCAAAUUCUACUUCGUCACCAAGAAGCAUGAAACGAAACUCGUCGAGAGCAAGUGCGUCGCCACCACCAGGCCUUCGCUUUAAGCCAGGAUAUGGACCGAAGCACGACAAAAGGAUCCCUGUGGAUGUGCAGUACGAAAUGCCGAGUGGAAUUUUCGACUUUUAAAAGUAGAAGAUGAGCAUUUAAAUGACGCAUAAGUAGAUUCAGAUGAUUUAGGAGUGAAAAGAAAAUUGAGAUUGUAGACCUGAAGAAUCAACGCUGGUUGCUCGUAUAAUCCAUAACAAAAUUGUAGUCUGAUUUAAUAGAAGUAACGAUGAAAAAAUUUAUUUCAUGACCUCGUAAGAAAUUAGACAUCUCAUAUGAAUGUACAUAGAAUUGAUAGACGACGUAAGGAAAACAUGGGACGUUUGGGACAAGAAUAUGUAGUCUAGAUAUAAAUUGGAUAGAGAAUGCAUAGGGAUCACCACGCAUCAUAUGAACAUGUUCAUACAUUCCUAAUGUUCAUCUACUCGAUGUUCUUGUACACUAAGUUUUGUAGAGCAUAAACAAGAAUAGAAAGAAGAACGCAAUCGCAAAGAUGAGGGGUGAAAAAUUUUGAAACAGUGAAUUGAGACGAGUACAAUAUUAAGCAGACUCCCACUUAGUUUCUGGCUGUCGAAUCGGACUGGUCUAUCGAUCCCAUUUCUGUGUUCG